UAAAACUGUUGGUCUUUUUUAGAAAGGUGCUACAAUUUUUAGUAAUUCCUAUAUUUUUGAGUAAUACUUAGAAGAAUGGAGUCUAUUAAAAAGAAGAUUAGCAACUUGAAGAAUGAAUUGGACGCCAAGCAGGACAAGAUUGAUGAGCUAACUGAUAAACUGAAGAUAGAAGAAGAACUGAGAAGAGCAGCUGAAGACCAAAAUCAGGAUUUGGAGCGAAAAUUGCGCCUUGUUGAAGGAGAUUUAGACCGUGCAGAUGAGAAAUUGACAAUAGCAAAAGCCCAGUUGUCUUCAUUAGAGCAGCAGAGUGAUGAUGGCAGUAGGGCUUAUAAAUCGCUUGAAAAUGAGUUUAAUUCUUCUGUGAAUAAAUACGAAGCGCAUUUGGAUGACCUGAGAGACUCCAAGAUGUUGGCAGAGGAAAUGAGUCGAAAGUAUGAAGAGGUAGCAAGAAGAUUGGUGCUGAUGGACUCAGAGCUGGAAAAAGCUGAGGAAAGGUGUUCGGUCUCGGAAGGAAAGAACGCAGAGCUAAUUGAAAGCAACAAAGAGUUGAGCAGUUUGCUGAAGUCUUAUGAGGCAAUGGAGUCUUCAUUUAGCUCCAAGGAAACUCAAGCUGAUGAUCGAAUCCGUGUUUUGAAAAGUACGCUCCUUGAGACUGAAGCAGCAAGAGAGGCAGCGGAAAAAUCUGUUUCAAUAAUGAAUUUACGAAUGGAGAAUAUGGAGGAAGAGAUUGCUUACCUACAUUCUGAAGUGGAUAAAGCAAAGAAGAUGUAUACAGAGGCAGUAAAUGAGUUGAAUGAGUUGUAGACAAUUUAGCUUUCCCAAAGCAAGCUGAUAAUUGAAAUCAAUAUAAAGCUGAAAUAAGAGGAUGGAACAAAAACUAAAAAUUGAAUAACGUGUGUUUCAUAAAAUAUUAAUGCUAAAAACAAAUCGAAAAAUGUUUAUACUAACUUUUGUUUCAUAGAAUCGUUGCACUACACUUUUCUGUAGGUUUAAUUUUGAAUCAAUUUUGGUUAAAUAUCAUUGAGUAUUCAUAUAUAUUUGUGUCUUAAUACUUUGUUGUUGCAGGUUAAAAAUGUUUUUCAUCUUUCUAAUAUGGCCAUUUAUGAUACAGUUUCACGGAAUCAUGGUGUAUUAUAUUAAUGUGUAUUUUUUGUUAUCAAAUUUACAAAUAUUCAAUAACUAAUAAUAGAUAACAUAUUUAACUACUUAAUUGUGUGUCUUACUCUUGUCUAAUCACUGCUAACAUUUAACAGUCUAGUAACACCAUAACAAAGCAGCAUUUCAUCAUUGAAUAAAAGUAAUAUAAACUCACACCAAAAGGCAGUGUUUAAAUGUGCCUAAAAAUCCAAAAAAUUAUGCUGUUUUUGGACCCCAUCGAAAGAGAGAAUUGUCGAGUUAAAAAUAUCUUCAAAUUGCCGCCAAAACUUCACUUUUUCUGAUUUAAACCAUCAUGAAAUCAUUUAUAUGAUUAAUUCACAAUGUAAUUUACAGUCGAUUUUUACAGAGAAAAUUUUUCAGAAAAUGUAUUGCUAUUUCCCAUAUCUUUUUAAGGUUAACUUUGUCAACUGGUUAAAACAAUUGUACAUGAUUAAUAUAAAGCGUGGUCCAACUGCAGGUCUACAAGUAUCAUGCAGCUUUUUCAGAAAAAAAAACGUACCAAAUCUUUAUAAAAUUGAAUAUAAUUACAAUUAAAUAAAUAGUGCUGUCAUGCUGAAAUUGGCCCAUAAGCUGCUACUAGGUUGGACCAUAUUGUACUAAUAGUUUAAAGUGUAUAAAAAUAUGGGGCGUGUGCACAGUUUAAUCUAGAGUACAAAUAACUGUUUACUUGCUAUUAUAAUAUUAUAUUUCAAAACGUUAAAGUACAUACAUUCCCGUAAAUUACAUUCGACAUUUUUUUUAAGCAUUUUAAAAUUGUGAUCCUGUAAAAUUGUGUAUAAAUUCACUUGUGUAUAAUUGGUACCUUUACAAAAUAUUUUCCAAUAAAGUACAACCGAUUUUUGGCAAUAACUUUUUACCUAGAUUACUGUGUAUGCUCACUCCAUGUAAUUUUAUA